ACGAUCGAAGCAAUACGUUUGGAAGAUGAUGUCGUUGCGCGUUUGCACAGUUUUCAUAGCCCUCGUUUGUGUCGCAACAGCGGUGCAUGAUCAAAUUUAUCAGGUGCAAAAAAAUGGCAACUACAUCAAGAUUGAAAAGGUGACGGACAGCACCCUGCAGCACGCGCUGAAUAGCAUUUAUUCAAAAUCGAGCGUAAAGGAGCUAGAUUUGAGCGGCAAUCUUUUGUCUCAGAUAAGCGCGGCUAACUUAUGGACGUUUACGAACCUGGAGCUUCUGAAUCUGUCGUCGAAUGUGUUGUACGAAUCGGUGAAUCUUGCAGCGCUCAACAACCUUAAAACGAUCGAUUUGAAUAAUAAUUUUGUCAAUGAGUUGAUUGUUGGACCGUCCAUUGAAACGUUGCACGCUGCGAACAAUAAUAUCUCGCGAGUGACCUGCACCGGCGAUAGACAAACCCAUCAACCGAAGAGAAUCUAUCUGGCCAACAACAAGAUCGAUUCUUUGGUUUUGCUGGGACAGGAGUGUCGAUCGAAUGUGCAGUUUUUGAAUUUGAAGCUGAAUGAGAUAGACAUGGUGGAUUUCGCGGAGUUGGCCGAAUCGGCACAUACGCUCGAGUACCUGUAUUUGCAAUACAACUUUAUCUUCGAUGUGAAGAACACACAAAACGUAGUGUUUUCACGGCUGCAUACGUUAGAUUUAUCGUCGAACAAGGUGGCGUUCAUGGGGCCGGAGUUUAAUGCGGCCGUCACAGCACAAUCGAUCAAUUUAAGUAACAACAAGCUCGUGAUGGUUAGCGCAGAUUUGACAUUUUCGACAACUAUCACCAGCUUCGAUCUUCGCGGUAACGGUUUCCAGUGUGAUUCGUUGAAAAACAUGUUUAAUCGUAACAAACAGCUGCUAAAGGUCGCAACUAGCACCGUACGCAGUUCUACUGGACAAGAGAAGGAAUCGUGUCAUACCGUAGGAAACAACACGAUGAAAUACAGAGGACCGUACUGCUGCGAGGAUCUUUCGGCACCGUUUGCAGACCGACUUAUCGAACUCAAGCGCAAGCAGCACGCCUUAUUCUCUAGCCGACCAUCGGAAAGCGAGCGCGAAGAGUGUGUUCGCGAAAGUGCGGCUCGGCAGCGUGAGGUAGCAGCGAUCCAACAGCAAUAUCGUACGACGUUAAAUGAGGAAACGCGUAAGAAACAGGAAAAGAUUGUUCUAACCCAAAACAUGAAAGCGCUGGAGGAUAAAUGGGAGGCCCUCCAGGGUUCGUACGAGGAGUUGAAAAGCGUGCUGGCGCAAGCGGCCAACGAGUUGCAGCUCGGCGUUACAGAGAAACCGGAUCUGCUGCAGUUGUUGCGCGACAUCGUGCAGAGGUAUGAGGAUCUGAACACCGAAGAGCAGAAGAAGCAAAACGCCCACAUCCUAGAUUGGGAAAUGUAUCAAAAGAAGGAAACGCAGCUUUUGGAGGAUAAUGCGCGCUUGAAGAAGGUUAACGAGGAGACAGAAUUGGCGCUGCAGAAAGCAAACGCUACGCUGCAGGGCUUAAUUAUUCGCGAGCAAGCACUAGCGAAGGCACUGAGUACCGCGCAGAACUGAGCUCGUUUGCCGGCAGUUAUUGUGCACAGAACGCAGUUAUUGCGUCGAAAAAUGCUGAUUUGUAUGUUGGUUGUACGAGUAAGCGGCAUUGAAUAAAGUAAUCUAUUGGAAAUUUA